AUGACCACAGCGCCCGACUACCCAAACUACGAUCGCGGUCCGCACCUCGCCGCCGUCUAUAUUGCAGGAUGUGCUGUGUCGCUUGUCUUUGUGGGCAUGCGACUGACAGCGAGGUUCAGCAUUGCAGGCGUAGGUGUUGACGACUGGUGUAUGCUGAUCACGUGGGCGAUCUUUCUACCUCUUACUAUUCUUGUCUGCAUGUUCUCCUUUGACGGCGGUACCCGGCAUCUCGCAUAUCUCAUCGCAAAUCCGGAGCAUCUGGUGUAUGUGACGAAGCUAAACUGGAUCGCACAACCGCUUGCCAUCUUUUGCCUUGGGUCAGGGAAAAUCGCUAUCGCCUUCUUAAUACUCCGCCUCCUUAAUCGCGCAUCAGUGUUCCGCAAAUGGAGUCUUUACGUUGCUGUCAUAUGGACAGCCAUCAACACCUUCCUAAUGAUAUUGUUUACCUUUAUUCAAUGCGACAACUCAGCUGCCUUGUGGGAUCCAUCGCUUAAAGAGACGACGAAAUGUUGGGAUCCGAGGGUGCAGAGCAGUUUCUCGAUUUACGGCGCCGCAGUACACGCUUUGACCGAUUUCUAUCUCGCCGCGAUCCCGGUGACGCUCGUGUGGGGCCUGAAAACGGAUCUCAAGAAGCGCAUCGCGCUAUGUGCUCUUCUUGGCUGCGGUAGUAUAACCGGUAUAUGUGCAGCGGUCAAGGCGAGCAAGCUCAGCACACUCAAUGCGAGGUCGGACUUCACCUGGGAGACAUUUCAGCUUUUCCUCUGGACUGGAAUCGAAAUUAUCCUUCUCAUCGUAUGCGGUUCGAUACCCGCGUUAAAACCCAUCUACGCAAUCUGUAUGGGUCGCAGGCCGGGGUCCUACCGGUCUACCCGGCAUAUGACGAAUGCGAGUAAGAGAUCGGGAAUGGGCAUCUCACUCAACAGGAUGCCCGACAAUGAAUCGCAUGCAAGAUUUGCAAGGACGCAGCAGUCUGCGACUGUCGUGAGUAGGGUAUCGGAAGACGAGAUGGAGCUUAAUAGAGACUAUGAGAAACCACCGCUCGGAGCGAUACAUGUAACGAGAACAGUGGUGAUCGAAUGA